CCAUGUCUCCGGAAAAGCCAGCCCCAGCAUUGCCAAAAGACCUGGAAGCAUGCAGCGCAAGCGACCGGUAUCGUGAUGAGCCCCCGAAGUUAGAUCCAGAACCAACCGGUAUCUCUACCUUUAAACAGCUCGCCAUCCUAGAUCAGUUCCUCGCCCUGUGGAUCUUGCUGGCCAUGGCAGUAGGUAUCAUCCUUGGCAAUUUUGUCCCCAAUACCAGCCAAGCGCUGGAGAAGGGGAAAUUCGUGGGUGUCUCUGUGCCGAUCGCGAUCGGUCUCCUGGUCAUGAUGUAUCCCAUCCUCUGCAAGGUCCGUUUCGAAACGCUACAUCGGUCAUUCCGGGAGAGGGAACUGUGGAUUCAGAUCGGGUUUAGCAUAGUGGUCAAUUGGAUCGUUGCACCCUUGUUUAUGUUGGGUUUGGCGUGGGCAUUUCUACCAGACGAAAGAGGCCUGCGGGAAGGUUUGAUCUUGGUAGGGAUUGCGCGAUGCAUUGCGAUGGUUCUUGUCUGGACGGGCCUCGCAGGCGGUGAUGGCGAAUACUGCGCCAUUUUGGUAGCGAUCAACUCGAUAUUGCAAAUGGUGCUGUUCGCCCCGGUAGCAAUUCUUUUUAUUCGAAUCAUUGGCGGAUCGGAUCAGCAGGGCUUGACGAUUGACUAUUCCCUGGCUGCGAAAAGCGUAGGGGUAUUUCUGGGGAUCCCAUUGGGAGCCGCGAUUGUGACCCGCUUUGCCCUGCGCUUCUGGAGUAAGAAAUGGUAUGACGAGCAGUUCCUGAGGUGGAUCAGCCCGUUGUCAUUGAUCGGACUGCUCUUUACGAUUUUGGUGCUUUUUGCCGCCCAGGGCAAACAGGUGGUGCAUCAAAUCGUUUCGGUGGUUAGAGUAGCAGCCCCCCUGGUGGUAUACUUCGCCGUGAUCUUUGCGGUCACGCUGGCCGUGACACGGCGGUGCGGCUUUGGAUAUCGGCUAUCGUGCACACAGAGCUUCACUGCAGCAAGCAAUAACUUCGAGUUGGCAAUCGCAGUGGCAAUUGCCACGUUCGGUGUUGAUAGUGACCAGGCGUUGGCUGCUACUGUUGGACCGUUGAUUGAGGUCCCUGUAUUGUUGGGGUUGGUAUAUGCAGUUCGGUGGUUUGCUCGGAAGCGGAAGUGGGAGGCUUAG